UCCCCCUCGUUUUUUUGCCUGAGAAAUCACAUAACGUGCCUUUCCUCCACGCGAGUCUGGGAGCUGUAAGCCGGACCGAUUGCAAAUGAAGUGUAAUGCAUUGUGGGACGUGUGUAAAAUUGGAUCAUUCGAGGGGAAAAAAAAAAAAAAAGGACGGAACCUGCGGCUGGCUGCCUAGAAGAGGUAGCGGCGAGAUGCGCGCAGGCUGUGCCCCGGCGGUACCCGUGCUAGGCUGAUGCCCAGCAGCGCGCAUCCAGCGAGCUGCGAGGCCUGACCCAUGCUGCGGCGGGAGGAUUAGGCUCGGGCAUCCUCAGGAUGAAGAAGACGCGGAGUACGACCUUGCGGCGGGCCUGGCCUAGCUCCGACUUCUCUGACCGGGCCUCAGACCGCAUGAGGUCCCGCAGCGAGAAGGACUACCGGCUGCACAAACACUUCCCACCAGCGUUUAUUUCCCAGGCAUCACGGGGCUACAUGACAUCAGGUGAUGUAUCACCCAUCAGCAUGUCUCCCAUCAGUCAGUCACAGUUUAUUCCACUUGGGGAAAUCCUUUGCCUGGCCAUCUCAGCAAUGAACUCUGCCCGAAAACAAGUCACCCAAGAAGCACUAAUGGAGCACCUAACAACCUGCUUCCCAGGAGUUCCAACACCCAGUCCAGAAAUCCUUCGACAUACCUUGAAUAUGCUUGUACGGGAGAGGAAAAUAUACCCAACUCCGGAUGGCUAUUUCAUUGUAACCCCGCAGACUUACUUUAUAACACCAUCUCUCAUAAGAACUAACAGCAAAUGGUACCAUUUGGAUGAGAGGAUACCUGACAGGUCUCAAUGUACCUCUCCUCAACAAGGAACUAUAACUCCUUCCACCUCGGGAUGCGUCAGGGACCGAACACUACCCAAAAACCACUGCGACUCCUGCCAUUGUUGCAGAGAAGACAUGCACAGCAUGCAUGCAUCUACCCUACAGAGGAAAUCAGCAAAAGACUGUAAAGACUCUUACUGUCCUCCUUCAUUGUGUCAGGUCCCACCUACUGAGAAAAGUAAAAGUACUGUCAAUUUUUCUUACAAAGCAGAGACACUCACAAAGCCUAAGGAUGUAGAAAAGCAGUCUAAGAAAUUUGGACUCAAAUUAUUCCGAUUAAGUUUUAAGAAGGACAAGACAAAACAGUUGGCAAACUUCUCUGCCCAGUUUCCUCCAGAGGAGUGGCCACUAAGGGAUGAGGACACCCCCACCACUAUACCUAGAGAGGUAGAAAUGGAGAUUAUCAGGCGCAUUAACCCAGAUUUGACUGUGGAAAAUGUCAUGAGGCACACUGCACUAAUGAAGAAACUUGAAGAAGAAAAAGCUCAACGAAGCAAAGCAGGAUCUUCAGCUCACCACAGUGGACGAAGUAAAAAGAGCAGGAAUCACAGAAAAUCUCAUGGGAAAUCGAGGUCACACAGCAAGACCCGGGUGUCCAAAGGAGACCCAUCAGAUGGCUCUCAUUUGGACGUACCUGCUGAAAGGGAGUAUGAGUUCUAUGAUCCCUUGACUCGAUCCCCACGGGAAGGCUGUUUUAUAAUAGAACACAAGGGAGAUAAUUUUAUAAUGCACAGCAAUCCUAGCAUGAUUGAAUCUCAUUUUCCCAUGACACCAGAGUGGGAUGUAUCUGGUGAGCUGGCCAAAAGAAGAACUGAAAUGCCUUUCCCUGAACCUUCCAGGGGAAGCUCUCACUCCAAGGUCCAUCGGAGCCACAGCCAUACACAGGACAGAAGAUCAAGGAAUGAGCGGUCAAGUAAGGCUAAGGAAAGGUCUAGAUCCAUGGAUAAUUCCAAGGGACCUCUGGGCUCAGCUACUUUAGGCACACCUGAAGAUAUAGGUGAAGGCUGUAGCCCAGAUGACCAAACAACUAGCCAAACCUUCAUUGACGAUAGUACCUUAAGGCCAUCUCAGUCGCUCAGUCAUCAAAGGGCUCUGAUUUCAUCUGCAAGCUACAAAGAGACUUGCAUCCCUGAAAUAACUAGUGGCAGUGUAGAAACCCCUAGUUCUUGUAGCCUAUUGGAACAAAGCAAGCCUACAGAGAAUUUGCCACCAUACAGCGAGCUCAACUCCUGCACUACAAAAUCUGCAGUCGAUGACUAUUUUCAGUGCAACACAUCCAGUGAGACUGUGCUUACUGCUCCUUCACCACUGGGAAAGAAUAAAGAGGACCAUGAUACGCUGACAGGAACAGAUGGGCUCAAAAAAAUUAGUCCUGCAGAAAGACAGUCUCAACAUAUUGCUAGGGAUCCUGGGGUGCACAAAGAUGAGUCCCCAAAGGGCCCAAGUAGUGGUACAGCAGUUGCUGGCCAAACUUCAGAGGUGAUUGCAAACGGACGGCUGGUUCAACACCAUAGUGCUGAAUCAAGCAGCCUUGAUAAAAGGAAAGAAAUAUUUAGCAAGGAUACACUCUUUAAACCUCUGCACAACACCCUUUCUGUGAAUAGUUAUCAUAAGUCUAGCACACCCCUGCUAAAGCCUCAUCAAAAGACCCCCUCUGACACAUUGCCAGUCAGAUGUGAGAAACUUGAACAAGCGAUAGUAACCUCAGUCACACAAGUCACGCCUGUUUCACAGAGACAGCAAGAGACUGCUGGCAACCAGGAGGCCUCCUUCGACUACUACAACGUAUCUGAUGAUGACGACUCGGAGGAAGGGAACAACAAAAAUGCUGAGGAAGAAAAGAACAGGGAUGAUGUUGGUACAAUGCAGUGGCUUCUAGAGAGAGAAAAGGAGAGGGAUCUGCAGCGAAAGUUCGAGAAGAAUCUUACUCUUCUCACCCCAAAGGAAACAGAAAAUAGCAGCAACCAGAGAGCCACCCACUCAGCCCGCCUGGACAGCAUGGACAGCAGCAGCAUUACUGUGGACAGCGGGUUCAACUCUCCACGUACUCGCGAGAGCCUGGCAUCCAACACUUCAAGUAUUGUUGAAAGCAACAGACGUCAGAACCCUGCUCUGAGCCCUGCACACGGUGGCGCAGGCCCAACAUUCACCUUCCGAGCCGCUGCAGACCCACCAACAAGUGAAGCUGAGAAACUGCAGAAACCUGCUAACUGCCUGCAAGCUUCUGUCACUAGUGUCUGAUAGUCAUCCUGCCUCAGAUCUUCUGUCUCAUCCUGUAUAGCAAAGUUUACGACACUGGGACUGAUGUUUACAUCUUUGGGGAAAAGUUAAGAGAGCAUCUCAACCACAGUUUUAGUGUUUACUUAAACUGUGCUGCUAUGUAGACUAGGGGCAACAGAGAUAUCUUUAUUUCAAGGUAUUGCUUUUCACAUUUGCGGCUCUGUAGCAACAGAAAUAGCAGUAGGGAUAAUAUGUACACUUUUUGCUUCACUUAAUUGUAACUGAGCACAUAGGUAAAAGUCUAGACACUGUAAGUGUAAUCUGCAUUUUCAAUGUCCAUGCAGUUGCCAACUUCAUUUAAACAAAAAAUGCCACAGAUAUGUGAUGCCCCUGGUCAGAGGCUAAACUCUGCUGCAGAGUUGAUUGUUUCUUACUUCAAAAACUGAGCCACUGCUGAAAAUAACCAGCCAGGACCACGAUGAGGAAAACAAUGCCAAACAUGACAAGUGAUGACCUCAGCUCUAUCUGUGAAUUAUUAAUCCUAAUCAGUUAUUUUCACUGUGCGUUUUUGUGACACAAGUUUGCAAAUACCUGUAUCGGCAAGUAAAAAGGUGUGGGGGUUGGUUUGGGUUGGGUUUUUAUUAAGUAUGGAGGGUGGGAAGGGAGAUGGCUUCUCCUUCUGUGUUUCAAAAGUAUGAGAGACGUUUACCUACUGAGACUUGCUACUUGACCUUCCAUAGUCAAAAAUGAGGAGGUGGGCCUUCAGUAGAGGGGGGAGUGGGGAGGGAAGGGAGAGUUAUAACUGUCAUGGAGCCACAAUGUGGAGUGACACAAAAUAUAACAAAUGUCUUCAGUUAUAAAGUAUUUUAAAAAGAUAAUCUAAUUCUUGUGUCACUUCUGGUAUUGCAACUUGCCAUUAAUAUAUGAAUCAGGAUAACUAAUUUCUUAGAACAAAAAUAUUCUUUAUGAUAUAAAUGACAAGUAUGGCCUGAAGAACUGAUUUCUUUCUAGUGGAAGGACAUAAAUCUAUUUUAUGUAGCUUAUUAAAUAGAGUGCCUAAAUUAGGCUAUUAAAAAUAGCAUACAUUGUAGUGAUUAUCAGAGAACAAAAUUUAGAGAACUAUAAACUUCUGGCCUUUUUAUUCAGUGGAUGUUAUUUGCAAUUUAGCAUUUUACAGACAUGUCUAAUUUCUAGAAAUUAAAUGUGUCCACAUGGUUGGCAGUAGAAACCUGAACUCUGUAGGUAUGGUACAUCCUAAUUGCUCUCCCCUAAACUGUUACUCUAAAGCAAUUAGUACUAUGCUAAUUACUGCAGAGUAACUUCUGAGGAUAGUUAAAGUCCAAGAGUAAUUUUUAGGAAUAAGGUCACAUUCUGCUCUGUUACUCAUGCAACCUGGUAGUGCAACAAAAUGACUUCAAAUUUAACUUCUCUCUCUCUUUUUUAUUUUAUUUUUUUUGAUCAAAUGGAUGAAUUGGUGGAAGAAUAACAAACAUACUAAAAUGUUCAACUGCCCAAACUUGCAUAGGAAAAGGAUGUUUAUGUUGUCUAGCUCUUGUAGUACACAGGUCUGAAACCCAACUGUACAUAUUAAACCCCAGUAUUUUCAUCAGGUACUGGUGACCUGUAUGACUCUGUACACAGUCAUUUGAACUUCACUCAUGUUCUCUGUUGUCAUCAGAAGUCUUUACUGAAGAUUCAGCCUUAUGUUACACAGUUGGAUAUAGUUUAUGUGCUUACCAACAGCUUUCUAGCUCUGGACACAAUCAGUUUCCAGUUCUGUCAACAACGGCCAGUCGAUGCACAGGUCUGGUUUCUUUGGUUUUGGUGUAUGAUUCCCGUUUCGUAGGAGCAAUAAGACCUUUCAGUGCAUAUAAAGGAAAUUAUUGUGCUUUUGGUUGGUUAUCAGAGUCACUUGGCCUUCAGCCUUCUGCCUUAUCAUACCUUCCAAGAUGUGCUCUAAUUACCAUAUAAUGCUUUGCAUGACGCCUCUUAUUAUUCGGUGUGUAACUCCAGCCGUACUUAUUCCAUGCGAACUCUAGAGUCGAGAGUUUUUUGUGGGGAAAUGUCAUAUACUAUGCAGUGGCCGACUGUGAUGUUGUUUCUGAGAUGAACUCUGACACCAGUAGUAUGUAUCACUUCAGUAAAUAAAAGAGUCAAAACCAUAAAAAAAAAAAAAAAC